UGUUGGCCUCAGCUUUCUGUGAGAGUUGGUCUAACUCCCCAGCGCUGGCAACAGAAAAAAAAAGAUUGCCUCACUUCUACAAAUCCUAUCCUACCCUACAAUGGUUCAUUGAUUGAGGAGAUCUAAGGAGCUUCAGCAGUUGUAGAAAGACAACAAAUCACAUUUUGCGCUGAAGGUCAAUGGAACCAAGCAACAACUCUGUCACUAUAGCAACCGAGGCCAUUACCAGCCCCCAGAGUUCCCUGUCCCUGGAGGACUGGGGGAGCGGGCUAUCGAUGGAGGACUCAGACUCUGAGGACAGGGACAGUGAGCGGGACAUCUCUCCACCCAUGACAAGAGACGACCCCAGGGCAGAACAGGAGGAGACCUGGCUUAAUGUAACACAAUCAGAGUGGCCAAUGGAGGAAUCUCCACAGGCGAUCACAGCAGAAACACCCGAUGACUCAGUCAGAGAGGUUGAGGCUUUUAAUUUCCCCCAAGCCUGCGCCAGCCAAACCUGGCCAGCAAAGGGGGAGGCCGAGAGAGACAGCAGGCAGGGCCCCGAAGGGGAAGCCAGCACCACAGGUUUCUGUCAGCCUUCCCUACAACAACAACAACAGGGCCUUCUGCAACAUGGCACGACUGCAGACAGCCAGCAGGGGGAGUUGCUGCUUCGCCGCCUGUGUCUGUUACAGCAGAAGCAGGAAGCGCAACAGGUGUUUGAGGGAUCUCCACCCUUAGCAACGGUUGCCCUGGAGCCUGCCAGUCAAGGGCCAGGCUGCCAUGACUCUGUUUGUGUUGUUGUAAGGGAGUGGGCAGGGAGGCGGAGAGAAGGGGAGGAGAAAGCAAGCAGGCAAACGGGUGGAGAGGGACCGCAGAGCGUUGCUGGGCUCCACUCGGGCGAGGAAGGGAAAGAGGAACAGUGUGGGAGAGGAGCGGAGAGCGCACAAAGAGGAGAGACAAAAGCAAACAGAGAAAGGCAAGGUCGGCCGAAUUCCCCGGUUCACCCGAGAGGCAGCAGAAUGGAGGUCUUGAACGGCGAGGACAACCAGAGCGACAGCGGGGUUUCUGCCGACUUUUCCCCCGGCAGCACCAUGGAGCUCUGCUCCACACCAUUUGACCCUGAGGACCCCAGCCCAAGCCCUGCGCCCCUAAAGGAGACCCCCAUCGAGAGGGAGAUCCGCCGGGCGGUGGAGAGAGAGCAGAGCCUCCGGAGGUCCCGCGGCCUCAUCCGAACCCAGGAGUUUGUGGAGAUCCCCAUGAGGAAGCCGGUCCUGUCCCAGACCCUGCCCUCCAGGUCGGGGAAAGGAGAGGGAACAGACAGGCAGUUAGCUGGGAAGAAGAUGCAGAAGGAGAUCAGCCUCGAGGCCCAGAGGGAAGAGGUUCUGGUCCAGAUGGGCAAGGUGCCGGGCAUCUACGACAGGGGUACUGUGCGGCAGUUACGCGAGAAGAGGCAGCUGUUUGAAGCCUUCCAGGAGAAGAGCGAGACGUCUGGCUCCCUGAGGUCACUGUCCACCAGACCCUCCUCUUCUGCCAGUGACAUCUUUGCUUUGGGAUCCCAGAAGGCUGACGGCCCUACCGCUGGGCCUGUCCUGGAGCGGGGGCAGAGCCUGGAUCUGAUCACCCCGAAACUGGACCAGAAGGCAGGCCCAGCUGGCUGCUGGGAAGAAGGCUUCAGCAAUACGCACCAAGGUCUCUGUGGCCCCACGCUAUCAGAAGGGACUACUAGCCAAGUUAUCAUUUUGGAGAAUAACAUGGUUCUCCAUAUACCUGUCCCAAACCCGGACAAGCUCCCGGAACCCUCUCACAGCACAGGGUCCCUGUCUGAGGCACACAGUGUGACGGUGGUCGAUUCGGGAACCAUGACAGAGGGCGGGAGGGUUGUCGGGGAGGCUGAGCAGGAGGAUGAGGAGGUCAGCAUGGUCAGAGUAAACCCCUUUUUCAAGCUGCGCUCCUCCAUGUCUCUGAGGCCCGAUGUGGAGCAGGACAUCGAGGAGGGGAGGCAGAGGGAGAAGGAGCUGAGGAGGCAGAGGAGCAGUCUGUAUGGGACCACCGGUGGGGCGCGGCCGGCCAGCGCGGAACCCCGCAGCCCUACCCCUUCCCAAAAUGGCCUCUCCACCCCAGAGCUGCCCUCACACACCACCUCCUCCGCACCAUCAGCUCGACAGUCUCUGGGAAAGCUGGAACGGACCUGGCCUCCCGUCCAGCCCAGCGUAGAGGUGCCAGGACAGACAGAGGCCCCGAGGAGUCGAAAGAAGACGCUGCUCUUGCAACGCUGGGAGUCCGGCACGGUGAACGGGCACCAGGAAGAGCAGGACUGAGGCUUGAGUCCCCCCUGCAGGCCAUCGCAGGAACUGCAGCCAGUCUUCAGGCUGGAAAGACACCCCCCC